CUCACAGUUUGAACACUCCACUAGUGUGUUUAUUGUUCAGUGUUUUUAGUUCAUAUAUUGAAGAUGAGUUUGCAGGUGGAUCUGAUGUGCUGUAAAUCAGUAGGAACUGAUCUGACUUCUGUCUGUAACGCAGCUGGAGAACAGCAGAUGCUCAAGACACCAUUGAAGAUGUGUUCAGUGAAGCUGCUGGACUGCAGGAACCUAAUGGAGAUGAGACGAGAAACCACACCACAGGAACACACUGAUGAAGAUGAUGAUGAAACCACAGCAGAGGAACAACAUAAGAGUGAUAAAGAUGAUGAUUUUAUUCCUUCAGAUGCAAACAGUGGCUCAUCUGAUGGAGAAACGGCUUCUACAUCAAAACAGGGUCUUUCCUGCAAAAUUUGUGAGAGGAUAUUCACUUUGAAAGCACAUUUAGUGAGACAUGAGAGAAGACACAAAGAGCAGAAAGUCUUCAAAUGUAAGAGAUGUGAGAGCAGCUUUUCUACCUUCAAAGAGAGGAACCGUCAUUCAGAAGUGCACAAAGAAAAGCAGGAGUUUCCCUGUGAGCAGUGCGGGAAGGUUUUCUCAGCUGCCUCGACAUUAAAAAGUCACAUGAAGACACACAGUGAUGAAAAGCCUUUCAGCUGCAGUGAGUGUGACAAGUGUUUCAGAACUAAAGGACAUCUUAAUGAGCAUAAGAAAAUACACACGGGGGAGAAACCGUACAAGUGUCUUCACUGUGAGAAGAGGUUCAUCAACAAGAGUCAUAUGACAUCACAUGUCCGUUUGCACACCAAUGAGAGGCCAUAUCAGUGCAAAGAAUGUGACAAAACCUUUAAACAAUUAUUUUGUCUAAAGACACAUCAGCAAAUGCACUCUGGGGAGAAACCCUUUCAGUGCUCACACUGUGAUAGACGUUUCCUUAAGAAAUCUGAUCUGAAACGUCAUGAAAUUAGACAAUCUGUGGAGAAACCCUUUCAAUGCUCACACUGUGACAAGCGUUUCCAUCUUGAAUCUGACAUGAAAUCUCAUGAAAAAAGACACAAUGGAGAGAAACGUUACCUCUGCUCUGACUGUGGGAAGAGAUUUUAUGUACCAUCUGAAUUAAGAGUUCACCAGAGAGUGCAUACAGGAGAGAAACCUUACAGCUGCUCCAUCUGCAGGAAAUCAUUUGUUUUUUCAUCAAGUUUAAAUACUCAUCAGAAGACACAUGCUAGAGAUCAAACUGCUCUGAAAUCAUCGUAGUGUUUUCAGGCAUUAACAUUAAAUCACAAUUACACUAUCAAAGGCAACUUGUCAGAAGUCAAAUCAUUUGUAUUUGGAUUGUGUUGUUCACAAUGCACACAUUGUUUCAAAGCAGCUUUAUGGAAAAUCAUACUGUAAUGUCUUAAAUCCUCCAGCUCUAUAGAGAGUCAUGCUUUAAUGUCUUCAUUCAAUUUCUUAGGACAGAUAUGGUCUAUUUAAGGUUUAUAAGUAUGUAUGUGAAGCAUUGUCCUUUCUCUGUUUAGCCAUGGUUAUACAAGUCUACUUUUUUCUGCAGGAUGUCCUAGUGAAUUUUGAUGUUCAUCACCUCUAGACCUUGCAUGUAAUCAUUAUGAAAUGACCCUUUUUUUCAGCUGACAAAUGAAUAAGCCAAAAGCUCAACUGACUCUGCUGAGAAUGUGAUGCUAAUGUUCACAUCACACUGGAUUCAGCUGGAUUAUUCACUGGAGAUUGAUGUUGGUUUUUGAUUAACAACUUAUUGGUUAAAAGGAUGGAAGACUCAUUCUCAUGUCCAACAAGUAAAGCACAUAAGAGCUGUAUGUGAUAAAAGUUGUUCGUUUAUGCUAAGUUCUGUCAUUCUAAUGAUUGAGUAUCACAGAAUUUGCUAAAUCUUAAUUGUGAUUCUAAAGUUAUAUUGCAGUAUUAAUGGAGUGAAUGGCUUCACUGGAGUGUUAGACUAUGGUUUUAAAUGAUCACUUAUCCACAAUAUUCUCAGCGAGUCCAAUGUAUUUCACUAGGUGAGCGGAAGUGCGAUUGGUUGGUAUUUUGUGCGUAGCCGGUCACUGCUUGCUUGCAUGUUCUGUGGUUAUUCUUGCUUUUAAAAUGUUAUAAGAUGUCUUUACAAAUUUACAGUCAGUGUUUUCAGUUAAUGGAUAUCCUUAUAAUCAAGAGAGUUUUAUCUAAAAAUGAAAAGCUGUUAUGAUCAGAAACCUCUCGCAAAGCGCUCCAGUCCCAGAUGCUGCUUUUUCCAUCAGCUAGCUAUAAAACGAUUGACUGUUUAAAAAAAGCUCUGAAUAAUUUGUUUGUGUGCUCUUUUCAAAUGAUUGGCAUGAAGUCAACAGGGGUGAUUACUUAUAUAAUCCACCAUUAUAGUCAAGCUAUGAUAGUUGUCCAGAGUGCAGUGAAUUACAUUAUUGUGCUAACAUGUGUUUAAAGUUCAUAAGACAUUUUGUGAGUUUGUUCAUUUCUAUUCAGCUUUGGCCUUUGUGAAUGCUUCAUGUGUUUUGAAAUGGCAUGUAAAAGGAACAGUGUUUUACCUGAACUGUCUGUGAGUAGUGACAAUGUUUUCAUGCUGUGAUGCUAAAUUGAUCAAUUUUACGGUGGAAGACCAUUAUUAGAUGAGACAUGUACAGUAGAUAGUUGUUUUAUCACGUUUGAAAUUAACUGUAUUUUGAUUUUCCUCUCCUGCAUUUUUCCUGCCAGCAAUUCAUUUCUAUUGAGUGUCUUUGCAGAGGUGUGUAAUUUUAUUCCAAUACACUUUUUGUCAAAUUCAAAUAGACAAAUAUCUCUUUACGGUAAGCUAGCUAUCCGUUCUGUGAGUGCCUGAAAAAAUGUUUGUUUGUACACAGCUCUUGCACUGUAAAUGGGAACAUAAACUAAGUGGAUCGGAUUGAUCCACACAACACAGUUGUGAUCACACAGUGUUGGUAAUGUGCUUGCAUGAAUUUGAGGAGUGGAGCACUGAAGGAAGGGGUGUGUUUGUUUGUCUGUAGGGUUCAAAUAUCAAGAGUCUUUCUCAGGAAUUGCUUGCUCCACCUUUAACUUGAAAACCAGUUGAACCGUAACACCGGCAAUGUUAUCGGACAAGCCAAUUCCUCUGCAAUGCUUUCUGUCAUGUGUGUUUAUGUUAUAGUGGUCUUGUUUAUUAUGACAUUAAACUUUAUCAUCUUUAAUUUAGAAUGGCUUAUUUGUUCAUAGGGAAUCAGAAAGGGGCAUGGUAUGAGGGUUGUUGGCAAAGGUUGUUUGAAAACAUACUUUAUUUUUGUAAUUCCGUUUGGUGCCACUAGUAGCACAGGAAAUACACACUCCACCUUUAAUGGGAAAAUGUGAUUUGGGAAACAGUGUGGGCAUUAAUUCAGUAUCAAUAAAAUGUAUUUGUACAGUGCUUUUAAAAAUGAAUACUGUUUUAUAGUUGCUUUACAGAGAACAUUAAACUUUUGUGUUAAAUGUUUAUAAUGUAUGUCCAAAUAAAUGUUUAUUAGUUGUGCAUGUAGUUCAUUUUGUUCAGUACAGUUUAUUGUGAGGCUGCUAAGACAUUG